AUGACAGCUUCAACCACCUCGAGUACAAGUCCAUUGGGACUGUUCAUCCAGCCUGCAUGCUUACAGCACAAGUAUAUUCGACAUUCGAAUUCAUCACAUAUAUUCGAAAGACCAGAGAGACUUAGAGCUGUCUUGCUAGGAGUGGCAGCUGCUAUAGCUCGAUUAGAAGAAGGAGUACAAUCUAUACCAAAAGCAGAAUCAAGUUCAAAUGCAGACGACUUAUCAGGAUUGUUAUCCUCGCUUUCGAUCGAGUCUUCCAACCCCUCAUCGUCAUCUUCAAACCUUACUUCUCAUCUAAAUAUCGUUCCUCCACCUCCAACACCUUCGAUUCCAGGAUCUAUACUCCUUCAUCAUCCUGCAGUCCAAUUAGCACAUUCACCCGUACCAGAAUCCCCCUUUCCAUAUCUAGGUUCAGGAAAUACAAGUUCUGGAGGUACUUUCCCUUCCUCGUCUUAUCUUAAAGACCUGUUAAAAUGGGGCUCAGAAGCUGUUGAAAAGAUAAAAGAAACAGGAUGUGAAAUUCCUAAGGAUUUAGGAUUGAAUGCUGGUGAUUUAUAUCUUGGUCCGGGUAGUAUUAUAGCAAUUGAAGGAGCUAUACAAACGGUUUGUCAAGCUGUUGAUCAAGUCGUUUUGUCAAAAACAGCAUCUUUGACACCUUCACCCAAAGAAAGUGAUAUCAAAAAAGAGCCAUCAACUCCGCCAGUACAGGCAAAUACUCAGCGAUUCUUCGCAACUCCACCUCAAAUAUCUACUUCACAAUCUUGUGGUAAACCAUUCAGUAAAGCCUUUUGCGCAAUCAGACCUCCUGGUCAUCACUGCGGAGAAGAUCUGCCAUCAGGUUUCUGCUAUGUGAAUAAUGUAGUAAUCGGCGCAAUACACGCUUAUCUGCAACACGAUAUCGAUCGAGCUAUCAUCAUUGAUUUCGACCUUCAUCAUGGUAACGGAACUCAGGCAUUGGUGAUGUCUUUGAAUGCAGCUGCUCAUGCGGAAGAUCUUCAAGUGAAAGCUGGAAAGCCUCAGUUGAUGUUAGGGAAAGAUGGAAAGAAGAGAAGAGGCUGGAAGGGAUUCUAUGGUUCGGUUCAUGAUAUUUAUAGUUAUCCUUGCGAGGACGGUGAUGUCGAUUUGAUCAAAGACGCUUCGAUCAGUCUGGCUGCUCAUGGUCAAUACAUCGAGAACAUCCACCUUCAACCGUAUAAGGAUGAAGCAGAUUUCUAUGCUCGAAUAUACCCACUAUAUAUCGCUUUACUCAACAAAGCCAAGAUAUACAUGGAAGAAACUGCUGCCGAGCCAUCACGGACUAUGGUAUUCAUCAGUGCAGGAUUUGAUGCAUGUGAACAUGAACAUCAAGGAAUGCAAAGGCAUGAUCGACGAGUCCCUACAUCAUUCUAUUCUAGGUAUACGAAGGAUAUAGUAGCUUUUGCAGAUCAGUACACGGAACGAAAGGUCGUUUCUGUUCUUGAAGGUGGUUAUAGUGAUAGAGCUUUGACAAGUGCAGCAAUGGGUCAUAUAAUAGGUAUGACUGGAUCGUUACCGACAACAUGUGAUACUUGGUGGACAGAACAGGAAUUGGUCAAUAUCGAAAAAGCAACCAAGAAACGACGUAAUGGUAAACUUGCGCCAUUUCCUUCUGAAUUAUCCUCAUAUCCUCAUUUAGUGAGAACUCACACUUUACUUGGUCAUUUCGAAAAUACAGGUGCAAGUAACGGUAUAGGUAAUGGAUUAGAUUCAACGACUGUUUCAGUUCAAAAUACACCUCAACCAUCUGCCCGAAUGACAUUGAGAGAUCGUAGGAAGCCUGAGGAAAACUCAUCAUUACCUGGUAGUGCAGAUAUCACUCCACCCGUAAGAAGAACAAUCAAACGUGGUGGAGCAAACAACAUUUCUACUCCAACAAGAAUUGCCACAGUGAAAGAUACAACAACGCCGACUUCGACACAUGCGCAGGCUCAAUCACAAAAAUUGAAAGCGACUACACCAAAUGCGAAAAGUGCUAGAGGAUUUAGCGUUGAAGAUGUACCUUUACCAUUGUCAACGUCGAGAUCUGACAGUGCUUUGUUAAAGAAUACCAAUAGUGAUGUAAGUGUUGAAGAUACCUUGAAAGCUCUGCAGAAUGUGACUAUUUCGAACGAUACAAUCGUGUCGGAGGGAUCAAUGCCACAGGAUCAACAACAGCCCUUCCUACCAUCAUUAGACCCAAAUCAAGCGGGGCUGGUCCAGGCUCCAAUCGAUGAUGAACUCUCUUCAAAGGCUGUCGAAACGCUACCUCCUUCACUCCCGUCGCAACCAUCAAUACCGAAGAUCAUUCUCCGCAUACCUCGUCCGUCACCUGCUUUUUCAGCUGAAACACCUUCAGCUUUCGGUCAAGUCCAACUUCAAACUCAACCUCAAACUUCUCAAUCUAUAUAUUCAUCAUUACCUGAAAAGAAUCCCCAUCAAUUGGAAGAAGAAGGUAAAUCGGAUUACCGAGAGAAUUCAGUGACCAUCUCUGAAGGAAGUGGGGCAGGUACCGGGACAGGGACAGAUACGGAAUAUAAUACUGCUCCCAGUGGCGGAGAAAGCCCUUUACCGUGA